AGAGAUGGAGUUGACACGGGGAGUAGAGUUUACAAGUGGCCUCAGUUGGUGCUUGCUCCGGACUCAACCCGAUGAAUACGCAAAAUAAACGGCGCGGGUUGUUCAGCCAGUCACGGUGAAAUGCACACCUGAUGCAGGGAGGGAAGAGAGAGACGAAGAGAGGCACACUGCAUCCUAGUUUUGGAUGAUGAGCGUACAUCGUCAUGACGGACUAAUCGAUCUGAUGAUAGCGUUGGCAAUUUGAAUAGCUACCUGAGUGAAAUUUUCUUCAGUGCAGUCUACUGUGUGGAUUGAUACAAAACAUUUUUCUUUCGGCAACAACACACCAACGUGUCAAAAUGGGAGCUGAACAGUCGGAUUGCAUCGCUUUCCAUGAUCUCGGGAACAUCACAGAUUCCAACCUCCUUGAAGGAUGGUUUCGGGACAAUAUAACCAUUGCCAUGUUAACAGUGGUUAUGCCCAUCUUGUUCGUUGUUGGCUUAGCAGGUAACAUGGCUUUCCUCUUCGUAAUGGUCAGGGUGUCGUGGAUGCACACAGUGACCAACUAUUACCUGGCUAAUCUCGCUGUGGCGGACAUCUCCUUUCUGGUUGCUGCGAUCGGGGAGAAGAUGUGGGGUUACUGGGCCACCCCGAUCGAGCUGGACACAGCGUCCUUCAUGGGACGCUCGGGAUGCAUCGCCUUCAACCUCCUCAAGCUAAUAACAUUCUUUGCGUCGCUAUUCCUGGUCACCCUGGUAUCGCUUGAACGUUUCUACGCAAUCUGUAAGCCCGUUCAACAUUGGAUGCUAAGCGACAAGGGACGGACGGUCAAACUAGUCGGCGUGUGCUGGCUCCUAGCUCUGAUAUUCGCAUGCUGUCUCGUCCCGGCUAACUCAGACAUUCAUGUGAAUUGCGUCACGUGGCCGAAUCUGGAGCGUUUCAGGGGACUCUCCAAGGUGACGGCAACCUGUGUACCGUCCCACGAGUGGAUGUUAUCCGUCUCGCUAGGCAUGCAGACGGUACCCUUCGCCAUCGCAAUGGUAGGCAACAUUUUACUGUACAUCGUAAUCAUUACCAAUUUGAACAAGAGAGUCGCGGCGAAGGAGAAGAAGCAGACGACCUCCAGGCAGGGGUCGGCCACCAACGCCCCGGCCCCGCAGACCCAGAGCCACAAGAUCAGGAACACGGUGGCCAGAAUGCUCAUCGUCAACGGCACUCUAUUCUUCAUAUGCCUGGCCCCUUUCCAGUUCGCCUCCUUCGCGAAUCUAAUACUCAGAGAGCUCAACAUUCAAACGUUUGCGCGGGAACACAUGACGAUCAUCUUGGCCGUUUGCCGGACUUUAACGUACCUCAACUCCGUGGUCAACCCCUUCGUGUACACGGUCACUAAUAAGAGAUACCGGCACGCGUUUUACGUAGCCUUCACCUUCAGUCGGAACGAGCAACGCCAGAGGUACUCCAAAAACACAUCAGUCGUCACCACGGACAUGUCAACCCGCAUGUGAGCACACCCCCACACACACGUCAUCCGCUAACACGGUGAGUAUGCCUAAACACAGGCGGUGGAAGGAAACAACUUCACCACUGGAGGUCAGUUGGAAACAAACGAGUGAGAGAGAUUUGAAAAAAAAGGUGAUCAACACGUGGCGGUCAGUUAAACGCCAAACAGACCGAGAAAUCCAACGCAUUUUCCUGUCGCCCUCCACGCUCUGUAACAAAGAGCUUUACACCAUUCAUUGGAAACCGACCCGAGGAUCGCUGGGCAUCUUUCAUUUCUCGCAUGAAGCGCUCGAUAAAUCCACUACGAGCGAUUUCGUUUCAGAUAAGCAAAAAAAAAAAAAAAAAAAAAAAAAAACAGGAGUUACUGAUCUCCUGUCUAAGGCUAGUGAUCUCGACUCGUGAACCAGUCGAAAGUCGUCGCUUUAAAGAUCUCGGCUGAUUUUGAUAUCCUGUUUAAUAAUGCUAAGAGUUUACCCUUUUCACUCCAGUUAAAGGCACUGGACACUAUUGGUAAUUACUCAAAAAACAUUUUUUUGCAUAAAGUUUUACUUGGUAACAGGCAAUGGAGGGUUGUUGAUAGUAUAAAACAUUGUGAGAAACGACUCCUUCUUAUGUAGCGUUGUUUAUAAGAAAGAUGUCAUUUCUCACUUAAACAAUAAGAUACUUCAGCUGAAGCCUUUUAUUAUACAUCUGAAAGCACACACAUUGUUCUCUUGCAACUUCGAUAACCAAUUGAG